AUGUCCGACCUGGAAUCCUGUGAGAAGGUGUUUAUUCCUGUUCACACUGAAACAAAGCCACAUUGUGGACAUUUUUAUUUAUACAUUAUCCAUGUAAAGAAUGAAGAGAUUGAAAUAUGGGAUUCUCUGCUCGAUACAUGUGUGGCUGAAACAGAUCGCGAUGAGAAUACAAGAAAAUUGUUGCUUGCCAUGGAAAAACUCUUCGUAAAUGUAGCAUUUACGGGAUUUCGUUCGAAGAUGAAAACUGACAUCCUCAAACAGCCCAAUGGAUUUGAUUGCGGUAUCUUUGUUAUGAAGUUCACGGAACAAUCAUAUAAUUACGUGAAGAUAAAUCCUUCAUUUCAGUUUGGCAGUGAAAAAGAAAGGGAUGAUUUGGCUUUGAAGUUGCUCAACAGUGACCUGAACCAAGAAAAACGAAAUCUAUAUGGCAAAGCAAGACGCCACUAUGCGCAAAAGCAGGAUGGCAAUAAAAGAUUACGAGUUGACAGAGUGAUUAGACAAGAUCGUUUAGAAGAAGGGUCUUCCAAAGAUUAUAUAUUGCCUACAACAGAUUUAAUUGGGCGCAAUUUUCAAAAUGAUGCUAAACAAAUAUGGGAGUGGAUAAUGGGUGACAAGGUGUCCGCAAUUGGCAUUUGGGGAAUGGGGGGUUCAGGAAAAACAGCCUUAGCAACCCAUAUUCAUGACAAGCUUUUAGAAGAAGCCAACGGUGACAUUAAAGUUAUUUGGCUGACUGUAUCACAAAAUAUCGACAUCUACAAGUUGCAAAAAGUCAUAGCUAAAUCAAUUAAGUUGGAUAUAUCUGAUGAGCCUCGUAAAAGAAUUGCUAGAAAAUUAUUUCAAACAUUCAAAGAGAUGAAGAAUUGUGUUAUUAUUUUAGAUGAUGUUUGGGAUCAUUUCUCUCUAAAGGACGUCGGAUUUCCUAUGUCAGAUAAUCGAAUUAAAUUGAUUUUGACCACCCGCAUAGGGGAAGUGUGUCAGGGUAUGGGUUGUGAGGAGGUAAUAAAAGUGAAGCCUUUAGAUGAAGAAGAUAGUCGGACAUUGUUUGAUGAGUUUUUUGGAUUAUUCCGUGAAGAACUAUCUUCAGAAGUGGAAAACAUUUCGUGGUUUGUGGAAAACAUUGCGCAGAAUGUGGUACAAGAAUGUGAGGGUUUUCCCCUAGCUAUUGUUAGAAUCGCAACAAGCAUGAAAGGGAAAACGAAAGCUGUAGAAUGGAGACAUAUGUUGGAAUGUCUUAAAAAUUUGGGCAAUGGGCAAUAUGAAAUGGAUAAAUGGGUAUUUCCAGUUUUGAGAUCUAGCUAUGAUUUCUUAACUAACAAAUUGCAAAAAUUCUUGUUGUAUUGGGUCUUGAGGAUCGGAACCAAUAAUCUGUGUUUUGAGGACAAUAUUCAUUAUUUCAUAAGAAGGUUUGUUUAUGAAAGCAUUGAUGAGACAAUGGAGUUGAGUGUGCAGUAUGAUGAAGGUUACAACAUGUUGCUUAAAUUAAAGAAUCACAGCAUGUUGGAUUAUGAUGAUUAUGGUUACUUGAUAAUAAACAAGUUUCUUAGAGUCCUAGCUACUGGUAUUGCAGAAGACACUGGUAAAAUUAUGAGAAAAGCUUAUAAGAAUUUGAUAGAAAUACCAAGUGAUGACCAAUGGAAAGAAGAUCUACAGCAAGUUUUUCUAACGGGAAACAAGAUACAAGCAAUUCCAUGUGGCACAUGUCCUAACUGUACUCAACUUUCGAUGUUGCUUUUGAAUGGUAACAAAGAACUCAACCACAUCACAGAUGAGUUUUUCAACAACAUGCCCGCUCUUAAAACACUUGAUUUGUCUGAGACUGCAAUCUGGUGUUUGCCCAAAUCGGUAUCUAACUUAAAAUAUCUCAUUACAUUGUUACUUUCAAGAUGUACAGAAUUGAGGGACAUUCCUUCAUUAGGAAAAUUGAAACGGUUAAUAUCACUGGAUCUAUCUUGGGCUGCCAUCACUGAGGCACCUGUGGGUUUGGAAUCAUUGGUCAGUCUUAGAUGGCUGAGUCUACUCGAGAUUGAUGAGUGGGUAAUAUCACCAUUGCUCAUAUCCAAAUUGAUCAAUUUAGAGUGUCUUGAGUUGGGUGAUGCCCAAUGCUUAACGGAUGCAACAGUACAAAGCAUACAAGGUUUGAAAAAGUUGGAAGUUAUAUGUGCCUACUUUCAUGACAUUAGCAUCUUCAAUACCUUUGUGAAGUUCAUGGCCGAAAAUCGUGUAAUCAGAAGUUAUCAAUUAACUUUAUACUCUGCACUUUAUGAUUAUCUUGGUGGUCUUGAUGAUCAAAUAAAGAGAGAAUAUUCUAUGAAAAAGAUAAUUCUUAAGGGUAUGAAUUUCAAAAAUAGAGAACCAGUAGUACUCCCAAGAGACAUCAAGGAGUUGUUUAUAACAGCAUGUUUCCUAGGGACUGGUGUUAGAUCCCCAUGCAAUAUUUUAUCAUAUGCCCACAACAACAAUCCACCCCAAAUUGAACUGUGCAUUAGCGACUGUGAAGAUGUGGAGUGCUUGUGUUGUUGCAGUUGCCCCUUUUGCUCCUCUUCCCAACUCGUUGGACGUCUACACCUCUGGAAAAUGGACAACUUAAAAGAUUUGGUGUCACCAUCUGCUGAUUCCUUGCAUCAAUCUGCCCUAUUUUCUCAGCUCACAGAUCUCCAAAUUUUGUAUUGUGAAAGCAUGAAUACUCUGAUGCCGUUUGAAUUAUUAGCACUCCUCCAAAACCUGCGCACCAUUUGGGUUGAAAGGUGUGAGCAGAUGAAAGAAAUAGUUGGAGAUGUUCAUCCUGUAAUGGAACAUACUAUCAAACUUCCCAUGUUGACAUCUCUGACAUUACUUGUCAUGCCAGAAUUAGAGUCCGUAUGCACAGGCAUCCUCCACUGCCCUUCUCUCCGAAAAUUCUCUGCUAAUUAUUGCAAGAAACUGAAUCCCCCUCGGAUAGCGAUCUCAAAUGAUGAAAGUGUGCCUCCGAUGAAGAAGAACUCAUCUGGUACAUACUAUUGGCAAAAGUGA